ACCUUGGGUGGGAGCGCACGGCGCCUCAAAAUGUCCUCCAGUGGCACCCUCAGCAACUACUACGUGGACUCGCUCAUAGGCCAUGAGGGCGACGAGGUGUUCGCUGCGCGCUUUGGACCGCCGGGGCCCGGCGCGCAGGGCAGGCCCACAGGUGUGGCCGACAGCCCGGCCGCUGCCGCCGCCGAGUUUGCCUCGUGUAGUUUUGCCCCAAAAUCGGCCGUGUUCUCCGCCUCGUGGUCCGCGGUGCCCGCCCAGCCCCCGGCGGCGGCGGCGAUGAGCGGCCUCUACCACCCGUACGUGCCCCCGCCGCCCCUGGCCGCCGCCGCCUCCGAGCCCGGCCGCUACAUGCGCUCCUGGAUGGAGCCGCUGCCCGGUUUUCCGGGCGGCUCGGGCGCCGGCGGGAGCGGCGGCGGGGGCGGAGGUGGCCCGGGCCCUGGUCCCAGCCCCGGCCCCAGCGGCCCACCCAACGGGCGCCACUACGGGAUUAAGCCAGAAACCGGAGCGGCCCCGACCCCUGUCGCCGCCACCUCCACCUCCUCCUCCACUUCCACGUCUUCCUCUUCCAAACGGACUGAGUGCUCCGCGGCCCGGGAGUCCCAGGGGAGCGGCGGUCCCGAGUUCUCCUGCAACUCGUUUCUGCGGGACAAGGCGGCAGCGGCGGCUGGGGGAACCGGGCCCGGGGCAGGGAUCGGGUCCGGGUCCGGGGCAGGCGGCUCGUCGGAGCCCUCGGCUUGCAGCGACCACCCGAGCCCAGGCUGCCCACUGAAGGAGGAGGAGAAGCCGCAUCCGCAGCCGCCGCAGCAGCAACUUGACCCAAACAACCCUGCAGCAAACUGGAUCCACGCUCGCUCCACCCGGAAAAAGCGCUGUCCUUACACCAAAUACCAGACGCUUGAGCUGGAGAAGGAAUUCCUCUUUAACAUGUACCUCACCCGGGACCGGCGCUACGAGGUGGCAAGGAUUCUGAACCUCACAGAGAGACAGGUCAAAAUCUGGUUCCAGAAUCGUAGAAUGAAAAUGAAAAAGAUGAGCAAGGAGAAAUGCCCCAAAGGAGACUGACCCGGCAUGGCGCCGGUGGGACCACUCUGCGCUGCAGAGGCAGUGCGGGUUUUGUUUGUGGGUGCUUGAUUUCCAGAAACUCACCAGCGAUUCGGACAUUUACCCCCCCACCCCCUUUUAGGUAGAAGUGACUGCGUGGUUGGUCUCUGUGAGGUAUUUGGGGGACUCUAUUUGCUCGCUUAUGUGUUGGAGAAACGAAGUGCUUUGGGGUUUUGCCUUUUCCCGCUCCCUCCCUUUCCUGGACCGUUGGUUCCAUAGGAAAUGCUAUAUUUUGUGAGUGCACGCUGGAUUGAGGAGCCCUCUCCUGUGUAAAUGUCCCCUAUGUUUCUGAAAAGUGCUGUAGUUUAGCCCCCCAGCGCUGCUCAAGCAGGGGCCAAGUGCGCCCCACUUCUGAGAAUGAAGGCAGAGCGACAACAGUGGGAGGCCUGCCCAGGUUGCCCAGCAGUUAGGAAGGUCCCCUUUCCUCAGGGAGCCCACGGGCCCUUCCCGGAGACCUGGAAUGAGGCCGAGGGGGCAACCCAGGGCCUCUGGUGGGUGGGGGGUUAUUCUCAGUGCACUGGAGCAGCCAGGCUCUCCUGGGGAGGGCUCGGCUUGCGUCGGCGGCCGCGGGUGCGGGCCCUCCUGGUUCCUGCCUGAGGACCAGUUGUAAAUGUUACCGCUUCCUACCAAUAAAGGCUGACCUGAUCAAAUG